ACACGAGAGGCUACACAAAGACGCGGCUGUGGCGCGAAAGUAGCGCGCGUGGGUGCGGUGUGUAGCGUCUCGUGCUGCUCGUGUGUAACAGACGGAAAUACACGUUUUUUUUUAUAAAGCAAACAAAAAAGCACUGCGUUUUUGUUCGCUCUCGUUUUUCUAACCGAGUUCGGAUUAAUACGGCACGUGCACCGGCGCGCGGUGUUUGUUUCUAUCGCCGUUUGGUGCUCCUUUGUUCCGGAAGUUCGUUUGUUGUGUUUCUUUGUCCUGCAGCCGCGGCUCCUGCUUCAUGUUCUUCUGCUCUUUAAUCCGGACGGGAACCAAUGACACGGUUGUGACUCCAGCUCUGUGUGUGGGUUAAAUAUGGAGUGCGAUCACCACCAGCAUUACUUCUAUGACGAGAUGGAUGGCAGGGUCGAAGACUUCUUUACGUCCACGGCGCCCAGUGAGGACAUCUGGAAGAAGUUCGAGCUGCUUCCCACUCCACCCGUGUCCCCCUCUAGGACCUUCCCGGCGGGACGCUCGUCGUUCCCACUGACGGCACCUGAGCGGAGCAUGUGGGUGCCGGACGAUUACGGCAUCCUUCCUCUGAAGAAGCUGGACCCGCUAGACGUUUUCGGGAACUUGAGCUCGGUGGUUAUUAAAGACUGCAUGUGGAGCAGUGGGUUUAACGCCACCAGAGUGACCCCUCGUUCAGAAACGCAUCAGAACGAACUCGUGCAGGUGAACGCACCACGCAUCCAGAGCACGGCCAGGCAGACAGACGUACAGGUGACGAGGUGUGUGAACCCCACAGCCGUCCUCAACCUGCCGGUUAUUCAGUCCAAAAAAACGCCGGCCUCUUCGGGAUCCGAGUCACGCUCGGACUCCUCCGAUGAUGACGACGAGGAUGAGAUCGACGUUGUGACUGUGGAGAACCGAUUGAAGAAGCGCACACGCACGCCCAUCACCAUCGCCGUGAGCGCCGACCCGUACGGCCCACGCAAGAAGCACUUCCACAUCUCUCUGCACCGGCAGCAGCACAACUACGCCGCUCCGUCUCCGGAAUCCGACGACGAACACAGUAGGCACCUCGGCGACGAUGACUACGACGAAGAGCCGCUCGAUAAGCGGGCCCGGAUCGAGCCGGUCAUUUUGUCUGCUCCGUCGUCUUCAUCGUCCUCUCCGGGCAGCUCGGACUCCGAAGACUCUACGGAGCAGCGUAGGAACUUCCUGGAGAGGAAGAGGAGGGACGACCUGCGAUCUCGCUUCCAGAUGCUCCGGAACGAGAUUCCGGGCCUGUCUGAAUCUGCCAAAUCUUCCAAGGUGGCCAUCCUGACCCACGCCACGGAUUACCUGCUGCAGCUGCAGGUGCGAGAGAGACGUCAGGCACAGGAGAGGAAGAAACUCCGAGCCAGACGACAGCUCCUGCUGCGCAAACUCUGUGCCCUCAAAAAGCCAUGAACUUCAUCACACCGUUAAUCUGGGUGUAAAGACCUCAAAUGUGGUGUUUAGUGUAAGGUGCUGAAGCUAAUUAACACUAUGCAAACAAGUCAAGUCAAAUUCAGAGCUGACACAAAAACACCCACUGGAUAAUAGCCAAGAUCAGCGCUUGCGCAAACACACACACACACACACACACGCAGCCUUAAUGAUCCAACAAUCUGACUAAGUAAGAAAUGAUUUUAACUCCAGAACCAACAACCGUCUGCUUUAACUGGGUUUAAACUGGAGACUUCAUCAGACUGAAGUUCCUGAAACCUCAGGCGCUGUGCUUUCUGGUGCUGAGCCGAGUUUGUCGUGCUGUGAUCUGAUGGUGAGGAUCUCUGUAUGAUCUGUGUUUUACUCAGGACUGAUAACAAGAAACACUGUGGGCAUGUGCAGGUGUCUGAUCGCUCAGUUCCUCAGAGCUGCUUGUCUGUGUGGAGGUUUCACACCUGAAGAGUGACAUGUAGGAAUCGAGACUGCUUACAUUUCAGCAACAUGUGUUUGUGUGUGUGUGUGUGUGUGAUGGUUAAACUGGACAGGAAAUCAGGUGGUUGUUUUUUUUUUUACACCAGGUGAACUUUGCACAUUAGAAGCAGGAAGUGUUUUGUGUUUUUGUUCUUCAUAAGAAUGAGAUGAUCCAUUAUAUCCUGUGCGUGUGUGGUGAGAGUUGGUGAUAAAAUACACAAUCUCUGCUCUCUGUUGAUGUACAGGUGUAUUUUAUUGAUGCUCGUCUUUCCAUGAUUUCCUCAAUUACCUCAGAUGUGUGUGCAGAUGUGAUGACCUUUUGCACAUGCAAAUUUUUUUUUUUUUUUUUUGGACACAACUGGAAUCUGCACAGUGGUGGUGUAAAUACUUUGUCAUUUGUGUGUUUAUCACAUCACAGAUUCUAU